AUGGUUUUUUUGUGUUUCACUUAUGAAGUCCUUGGUAGUGAAGUUGUGUUUGGCUCCUCGUUUACCACAAAUGGCUUUACGACAAAUGAAGGAUGGAAUGAAUAUGUAAAUAGAAGCGUAGUCUUAACUGCUGAAGCUUAUGAGGGUUAAAACUAUUUUGGAUUGAAUGCAUUCGCAGGAUAAUUGUUGAACGCAGAUGGAAUAUCUAAAAUGUUCUAUUCAUUGCCACCUCAUUAUGCGAUUAGAGUUAAGGGGACGACUAUGAUUAAAAUUACUGGUGAAUAUGCUUAAAAUAUGGGAGGAAUCAUAGUUGAUGGCAAAAUUUCUAUGACCAACUUUAUGAGAGUGUACUAUCGGGAUCCUAAUAACCAAAAUAUUUAUAUAAAAAGUAAUUUUGAUGUAACUGAGUUUCACCAUGCUACUUCAGCCUUAAUUUAAGUUUAAUUUGGAUCGGAUGAAAAAAAUCAAACAUACUAUGGCCUAAGAGACUUUUACUUUUAUGUUGAAACAUGUCCAAGUGGAUGCGAAUCAUGUGAUAAUGCAUUGGUUUGUAACAGUUGGAAACUGCAAUAUAGAUCAUUAAUUGGUCAACAAAUUUUAACAUUUGACACAGAAGGAUGGUUUAUAAGUACUAAGUUUAAUAAUGCGGACAAAAACACUUAUAUGUCUCUAGAAAACUGUCAUAGCACCAGCUUUGAUACUCCCUACUUUGGUUUCGGUUUAUUAAAUUAAUAAAUUACUAAAACCAUAGAAUUGCCUCUCCAUUAUAAAGUCAAGAUUUCCUAUCACUAGUUAUUAUACGACACUCUCCCUAGAUAUUCAUACAAUUGGGUGAUGGAAAUUGAUGGAAUCAUAAUUACAACAAAAUCUUUUGGUUUUAUUCUAAGCACACCACCUCAUCUUUGUAUUUUUGAAUAUUCUGAUGCUGGUCCAUCUGGAGAAAUUUAUGAUUCUAUUAAAUUUGAAGCAAGUCAUACCAAACAAUUUUUAACCUAUUCCACUUAUCCCACUAAUUACAUAUUUAGUGAUUCAAAAAUAAAAUGGGGAAUACGAGAUUUUGAAGUUUAUAUCAAAAAAUGUGAUGUUUCAUGUAUAUAUUCUUGCAAAGGGCCAGGUCCUUAAGGUUGUAUAGAUGAUGUUCGUUAUAAUUUGUUUCUAUUCUAUUCGGUAUUUACAGAGACAACUUUUACUAAUUAUGAUGGUUGGCAAAUGAUAAAGGCAACCCCGUUAUCAAUUAAAAAUUGUAUGGAUAGUCUUGUUGCUGCUGCUACUUUCUUUUAAGGGGGCAAUUACUUUCAAAAAACCUAAUAAUUAACACAAACUCAUACUUCGAUUUCAAUUUCAUUUACUUUUUACUAGAUUGAUUAGUUUACAGGGGAAAAACUGUUUGUAUUGGUAGAUGAUGUUGAAGUCAAAUAAGUGUCCUUAAUUACAGCGACAAUUAAUGAUGGACUUCCUUUUUGUGGAAGCAAUGCUGAUUACGACAAAAGAAUAGUUGUUAAUAUUCCUGGAAUCGCUCAUUCAUAAAAUAUACUAAUUGUACAAAUAUACACUAAUUAACUUGCAGGAGCAACUGGUUAUUGGGGAAUAAGGAACUUUGCAUUAACAAUUGAUAAGAGGUAGAUGCCAACUGAAUUUACAGAUUACAUUUUAGAUAGCAAUGAUUACAAGGAUUGGGUAUACACACCAACCACAUUUUAAUUAACUCUUUGUUCUUCCAAAACCUUUUUUGGAGGCACUUCAUCAUUAGAUUAGAAUUCAAGUUUGAGAAAAAUCAUUAAAAACAUUCCUGAACAUGAAAAAAUUAAAAUUUAAUUCAAAAUUGUACUCAAAGCAGUAACUGAUUAAAAUAUCAUCCUAGUCUUUGAUAUUGAUGGAAAGCGAGCAUUUGAAAAAUAUCUUCAACCUAAAACUAUGAAGUAUUGCGAUGCAUCUACUAACAGUUACUUUUACUCAAUAGAAGAAAUAUACGAUCACACAAAUUCUCAAGUAUUUUUGUUAAUUUCCACCAGCAAUUCGGUAAGUAUGACAUGGGGUAUAAGAGACUUUAAAUUAAGUUAUUAUGAAAGAUUAAUCUAUACAGGUUGA